AUGUUAACUGAUGACCUUCCAGUUACGCCAAAAGAAUUAAGAGGCUGGUACUUAUACAACUUGGCGUGUGAAGUUUAUUAUGUUGCUGCAAUAACAGUUUUCGUCCCGGUAAUGUUGGAAUAUCUCGCGGGCGGUGCUGGAUUUGAAUUGGAUCAUGUGACUCCAUGCAAUACGUCACAAAUAAAUUAUACAUGCGAUGUAAAAUUUGGCCCAAUAUUUGUUGAUACUGCAAGCUAUUCACUAUAUAUAAUAUCCAUUUCGGUAUUUCUUCAAGCAAUUAUAUAUACUGCAUUUGGGUCUCUUGCGGAUCAUGGGAGCCUUUAUUGGCUUGCUGGACUUUUAACGAUCAUAUCUAAUGUUUCAUUUGGAGCCGCAUUUGUAUUUUAUCUUGCAUAUAUUCCAACAUUCUCUCGUGUUCAUCCUCGAGUAAUUGAUGCCAAAAAGGCUGGUGCAACACCAGAUGAAAUUUAUAAAAUUGAAGAUGAGGUCGCAAAUGAAAUAUCAUCUAAUUCUCUUAUUAUCGGCUAUUCUUCUGGUGUGGUUAUUCUAAUUCUCUGUGGGGGUGUCGUGGUAUCGAUGGGUAACGAUCCAUAUAGUUAUCAAAUUUGUACCGCAAUUUGUGGUGUAUGGUGGCUUCUCAAUUUGACUUUUCCGCUAUUAUGGUUACAGGAUCGUAAGAACCCACCGUUACCUCCUGGUGAAAAAUAUAUUUUUUAUUCAUGGAAACGCGUUGCAAAAACUAUUUCGUCAACGCGUCAACUAUGGCAAACCAUGAAAUUCUUAAUUGCUUGGUUUCUAUUAAGUGAUGGAUUUAAUACGAUUGCAUCUGUAGCCGUACUUUUUGGCAAAAAGCAACUCGGUCUUAGUCUAAAGGAUUUAUUAAUAGCUGCCAUAAUAAUUCCUUUGUGUGCAUUCAUUGGAGUUUAUAUAUUUUUAAAAAUUCAACAAUACUUUAAUUUACCAACUAAAACGAUGAUUCUCAUAACAGCAAGUCUUUAUUCUUUAAUUCCAAUAUAUGGAUUAAUUGGUUUCGUGGCACCGUUCGGGUUCAAAAGCCUUUGGGAGGUUUGGAUGUUCGCCGUUUACUUUGGAUUCUCAUUGGGUGCUAUUCAGAGUUUUUGUCGAGUUUUGUUUGGAAGUAUAGUGCCACGUGGACAUGAAAAUGAAUUAUUUUCACUUUACGAAAUUACUGAUAAGGGUUCAAGUUGGUUGGGCCCAUUAGUAACUGGUUUAAUAAGUGAUACAACCCACGACCUUCGAUAUUCUUAUUGGUUCUUACUUGUUAUGAUGACAAUACCAAUCGCCAUCAUUUUUACCGUCGAUGUUCAAAAAGGUAAAGAUGAUGCUGAAAAUUUUGUGAAAAAAGAAUAUGAGAUACUUGAGAUACUUGAACAUAAAAAAUCAUCAGUUGAUAAAGACAUAAUUUUAUAA